AUGGCAGGACUUGUGGUGAGCGCUCUGACUGGGGUGAUGAAUCCUCUCCUGAACAAGCUCACCACCAUGGUAGGGAUGGAAUUUAAGCUUCUCCAAGGCGUGGGAAGCCAGGUCACCUUCCUCAAGGAAGAGCUGAGCAGCAUGAGCGCUCUCCUUGUGAAGCUGGCCAGCAUGGAGGAGGAGGUCGACGCUCAGACGAAAGAAUGGAUGGGCAUGGUCCGGGAGCUGACCUACGACAUCGAGGAUUGCAUCGAUCAAUUCAUGCUCCACUGCGGUGACAAGGACAAGAGCAAGAUCAGUCUGGUACGGGAGCGGCACAAGAUUGCAAACCUGGUUCAACAACUCAAAGCUCGUGCCAUGGAGGCGAGCCAACGCCACGAGAGGUAUAAGCUUGACCACGGAGACGGGGAGGCUCAGGUUCGUGUGGGCAGCAGCACUACUAGUAUGGUGGAGGUUGAUCCCCGGCUACCAGCGUUAUAUGUGGGAGCAGAUAGGCUCGUGGGGAUCGACGGCCCAAGGGAGGAGAUCAUCGAAUUGCUCAUGGGCGACGACAAGGCAGCGGCGGGUGACCGCCGAGCAAAAACACAACCACCCAAAGUGGUGUCGAUCCUGGGUUUCGGAGGCCUUGGCAAGACCACUCUAGCUUGCCAAGUUUAUUCCAAAAUCAAGUGGCAAUUUAACUGCGCAGCUUUUGUGUCCGUAUCCCGCAGUCCAAAUACAAAGAAAAUUCUGACAGAUAUGCUUAGACAAGUGGCGGGCAACGUUGACAUACCAACUGACACUGAGCGACAACUCAUCGAGCAUCUCAGGCUUCACCUCGGGGACAAGAGAAGAUCCCCUUUAAGUUCAAACAAUUCGAGACCUCGAGGAAACGGUGCGGCUCCUCGCGUCGUCUCCCUUACGAGCGACUCGAGGGGCGACGCCCCGCCGCCAACGACCGCACCUCCCCCGGCCAGCCCUGGCGCUGCCGCUGCGGCUACCGACACUACGGCCGUGGCGGCGGCGCCCAACAAAGCUGCCCCCGCGUGCUUCUCCUUCCUCCACCACAUCUCCUCCCAACUCCAAUCUUCUCUCAAUUAUGUUCUUGCUCUGGCUAGAUACCUACCUUUGAGAUCGAGCCGAAUCUGUGCAUGUGGGGGCAGAUCUAUGGUGUGGGCACGACAAAGCGACUCCGGGAUGACCUUGGUUGCUGCUUCCGUUGUGGAGGCGGCGAUAGUGGCGUCUGUUGCUGCAGGCGUGGCGGCUGGACGUGGUCCGCCUCGUCCGGACGACGUGGGCAGGCCAUCAGCGCUCCAGCCUCUCCCUCCCUCUGUCACGGUGGUUCUUCGACCUGCAGCGGCUUGUUCUUGGCGUUCGGGCUUCAAUCUAGCACCCCUUCGUUGGAUCCAGCGACCACUCGGCCAGAUCUGUGAUGUCCACUAG